AUGUCUCAACAACGAAACGCUUUAAUCAAACGUGCAUCACUUUAUCCUUUGUUUUUUGAUGAUACAAUUGCACAGAACAAUCCUAUACGUGGUUCUCGUGGUCAAGAUUCGUAUGAAGAACGUGUUGCAAGGUUGGAAAAAGGAAUGAUAAACAUCCAAGAGCAAGUGAGAAUCGGGUUCAACCAUCUUUCAAGUGAAAUACGAGCUUUAAGUUUCUCUGUAGAACCUAGACCACAAAUUUCCAAUCAGAAACAUAAAUCAAUUGAAUGUAAUAGCCAAAAAUCAAUUAAAAGUGACUAUCUGAACGAUUCACUUGACGAAAUCAAUGAUAUUAGAACAGAUAUUGAGCAAGACUACUUCGAAGACAUUAUUCCUAUAUGUGAAAAAUCUUUUCUAGAAGAGGAAAUAAAAUACAAGGAUAGUGAAUUGCAAGAGGAGACGAGGAAAAACCUUAUUAAGAGAAAGCGAAAGGAGAUCAGAGUUAAUUCUAACAAAAUAAAGAUCUUAUUACAAAGCGCAAGAUUCGAUAAAUUUCUGAUCGAUUACACAAAAAAAUUUAGCGAAAUAGCCCCGCAACUUGAACGAGAAUUGAUACCUUGUAUUCGAAUAAUUCUCGAACAAUGUCAAUUUCAGAAACGUGAGCGAAGACUGAAAGGAGCUUUGUCCAUGACAGAUGAUCCAAAAUACAAAGAAUUAAUAAUCGAACAUGGAAUUGAAGACGUAAAUGAGAUAUUGGGCAGAAAUGACUACCAUUCUCCAGAGGAAAGCGAUCUGGAGAAUGAUCCCGAUUCCUCCAUAGAACGCAAGCGACUCCUGUUAACAACUCUUUUACAUACAAUUGAUGAAUAUGUCGAGAAACACUUUCCAGAAAAUAAGAAAAAAUCCACUAUCCCACUUUUCAAAUCAAGAGAACCAGAAAGAGAUGAUUUUGCGGAUGAUAUAAGCGAUUUGGAUCCUAUGGUUUCAAAUAAAAAAUCUCAAAGACGAAAUUCAACCGAUCAAAAUUCAGUAGAUAAUGAUUCAUCACGAUCACAACGACAAACGUCAACUUCACAGGAUAUCAUUCCAGCUGGUAGUCAAAUUACGGUUGAUUCUAUGAAUAAAUCACGAUCACAACAAAUGGUGACAUCUCCACGAAAUCCAAGAGAGAAUAGUAAUAGAGAUAAUAGAUAUCUUAAUUCUAUGCAUGAAUCAUUGCAAUUAAAACAAAAAAAGAAAUCAUUAUCGAAAUCGCGUGAAAAUUCUCCAAGAAAUUUGAAUGAUGGUGAUGAUGACGAGUCAUAUAUUGACGAUAUUUUUUAUGAUUCGAAAUCAUAUGAUAAUGAUGACGAUUAUGAUCUCAGUAAUUAUGAUUCAGGAUCAUUAUCAAAACAAACGUCAUCCCAAGAUAAAAUUCCAAUAAGUAGCUCAAAAUCAAAGAGCGACAAUAAUUAUGGUCAUAGUGAAUACGAAUCAUGA